CCUGACUUCACUGUCGCUAUACCAACUCGACUUGACUUCACAUUCUUACAUACCAUCUCUACCUCCGUCUCUCUCUCGUGUCUAUCUGUCAAACCACUCCCCGCAUUGUUCGGUUCAGCUGCCACCGUCAUCAUUCUAGAUUUCCAUCCCCACAUCAACCAACCAUCUGGUAUUUGGAACCGAAUACCGCCAGAAACAUACAAAUUGUGUGAACCUCAACCAUAAAUACCUUCCUAGGGAAAUAAAAUCACACGAGUAUCACUUCCCAUCUUAUCGACAACUUUGCAGACAAGAAAAACAUUCGCCAGACGAUCAAAAUGUAUACGACUCAAAAACCACCGACAAUCCUCCUCGUACUUGGAUUCUUCGUCUUGAUCGCUCCACUCACGUCAUCAAGUCCGUUGAGAUCAACCACAACCACAGCAAAAUCCCUCGACUCGAAUUCAAUGGGAUAUUGUUCUAGACUUUGUCAGAGUUUGGACAAAUGUGAAACAACUUUCGGUCAACGUCAACGUCCACGUGGACGUGGUAGAGAUGGUGCGGACGACCUGUGCGGCGGUGAACUACCCGAAUGGUGUUCCGACGUGCCUGGAUGUGAUCAAUACUUUUUGCAGGUCACACCACCACAGCAACAGCGAGAACAACAACGGCAACGUCAUAAUGACCCGAGUCCGACAACCAAAGUCAAGAUUGACGGACCAAUUUUACAUAUCGAGGAUGAUUAUGAUGAAAAAGUCCACAAAAAAUCAUGUGCGUCCAUCUGUGAUGAUUAUUGGUACUGUUCACGUCGUGACCCUUGGGGGGAACAAUAUUGUGGUACGAUCCCUUCGAGUUGCAAGAACGAACCGAGGUGUAUCAGUUUGGAUUCGAAUUCCCAAUCUCACCGAGACGCCAAAAAGUAUCCUGAUGGGGAGCUGGGAUGGGGAGAAGAUGAGAAUGACGACGACGUGAGUGAUGAGAAGGAGACAACCAUGGAACCAAAGCAAAAUCAAAACCAACAGCAAGAGAGGAUCAAAGAGGUCGAGUACGGACGUUGGCGGGAAGAAGAGGACGAGGACGAGGACGACGAGGUAGGAGAUCUUUAGAGGAAACGAACCGAAGAAAACGACAGUGUUUUGGGAGGUGAGAACCUUUUGAAUAUUUUCUGAGACGAGAGGAUCCGUAGUACCAAAGAAGAAAGGAAGAAAC